AUCCCAACCUCCACGAGAUCCCCAUAGAGUGCCAUCUUCGUGUGAGUCAGGUUCAGAAACACAGAAAACAAAGCGGAAAGGGAGAGGUUCAGACAAGGGAAACAACAUUAUGUUAGCCGUAGCUAAAGAUGGAAAGAUCAAAGUUCAAUUUGAUUCGGCAAGGAAAACAUGGAAGGCAGUAGGGCCAAAAGCUUCUUGGUGGUCAAGCGCAAUAGGCAUACACACUCGGGACUGUUGUGAUCCGUUCUACGAUAAGUGGGACGAUGUUCCAGCCUGUCAAAAAGCUAUGAUUCGACAUAGGAUGUUGGACUGGUUUGAGUGCGAUAAUGACAAGCUUUUUGAUGAAGUAUUGAUUCGAGAUGCUCGAGAGUCCUACAACGAUUGGAAAAGUGAUUUAUCUGUUUAUUUCAAGAACAAAGGAGGAAUGCAAGCUAAGAGACCUAUAAAUGUACGAAGUGAUGAACAAUGGCAGAAGUGUUGCGAGAGAUUCAAUUCUACAAAGUUCAAGGAAAUUUCUUCGAAAAACCUACAAAAUAGAGAAGCAAGUGAUGAUAAAAGUGGACAUGGGAGAAAAUCAUAUGCCCAAUACAUGCACGAAAAAGAUGAUCCAGAAACUGGUGAGCAGUACUCAGCUCUUGAAAAUUGGAAAGAUCAACGUUUGACUCGUAGUGGCGAAUGGAGAACAAAAGAAGCACAUGAAAAAUAUACUCAAAUGAGUGAAGAGUACCAAACACAGCUAGGACAAACAGGGUCAUCAUCUUCAAUAAAUGAGAUUGAUAUUAUGCAUCGGAACUUGAGAAGAUAUCGCGGACGCCAAAGCGGAGUGGGUCCUACCCUAUCAAAGGGUGCAUCUCGACGAAUGGAAGAUGGCGCUACUUCAACGUUCCAAGACCACCGGGAUGUUCAAAUAAGUGAAUUGAAGGCAAAUCAAGAGUUGAUGCAAGCAAAUCAGGAGUUGAUUCUUCGUGCCCUACAACAAUUUAUUCCUGGCUUUCAACUUCCUUCACACAGCUCCG